AGUUAGAUCCAUAAAGGAACACAACAAAAUAUUUCAAUUCACAACUAUGGAAUCAUCCUUAUUUAAGUAAUUAAAAAGAAAAAUGAAAAGAAAAAGAUGGAGUUCUUUCAUUUCAUCACCAAAGAUUAAUUACUUGACACCCCUUCUCCAACCAAUUUUGGUUUCUUUUGUAAUGGUGGGGUCAGUUUAAAGCUCUCAUCUCUCUCCCAAAAGGGUCUCACUUAAUGCUUCUCAGAUCACCUUUCAAAAGCCUGCCAUUGCUAACUAUCUUUAAUUUUAUUCUGUUACUUUCAACUAUAAGAAUAUCACACAAACCAAAUGGACGGCUUGAAUGUUGAGUUCACAAUUUUGUAUUUUGGUGACCCAAAAAAACCUUAAAGACGGUGAAAGAAUAAGAGGGAUAGAAACCUCGUUUCCAUUUUUUCUUUAGAAUUCUAAGUUACUCCACCAAAUGGUCCAAAACCAGUGUUUAGGGAUAUGCCCCUAAGGGCAAAUGCUGCCUAUUGACCAUUAGUUUUUGAUGCAAAGGUUUUCAGGUGACUAAUGAAAAAAGGGAGAAGAUGCUGGUAAUUGGUAAAGAAGGCUUGGGAUGGAAGCCCUUUGAAAGGGAACUUUUUUUUUCUUCCAUUGCUUGGAUUAGAAUCAAAGUCAGGAAAUGCUUACAGAGACCCCUCUAGAGAGAGAAAGAGAGCUAACUUUCACGUCAACCUAUCUAAGAUAAAUUUUCAAACUCCAUUUUCAUUGCUAAGAGACUGGACUUCCCAACUUACCCAACUUUGAAAGAACUCUCCCAACUAAAAGAGAGAAAAAAACACAAAAACAAAAACAUUCAUGUUCCUACCUCUUAUCUGUAAAAAGGUAAUAACCAAAACACAAAUGUAAAGAGAUUCCAUCUCAGACAGUGUUGAAGGGUUACCUUGUUUACCAAACAUGGCUAAGAGAUCAGAUUUUGCUCAGAAGCUGUUAGAUGACCUUCGGUUGCGAAAGGAGCGGAUGGCUGCCUCUCAAAACACAAAGGGUUCAAAUGCAAUGGUUGCAGAUGCAUAUGCUUACUCCAAGUCAACCUAUAAAUCAUCAAGGGAACCAAAGGCAGUCAAAGCUAGUGGUUUUAGAGCUGGAAGCACACAAAACAGGCCUAGCGGAGGCAAGAAAUCAUUCACCACUGGGCAGACAUCAAAUCAGAUUGUUCCUUUUGGUGGAGGCCAUAAGGCUGAACAAAUGGGAGAUCUGUCAAUGGCCCUGACUUUCGCACUCGAAAAUGGAGGAAAGAUAAGAACGGAGUCUUCCAGAAACAGUUCAAUAUUCAGUUUUCUACAAAACAUUGGUAGGAGACAGAUGGACUAUGGGAAGAUGGAAAGAGGAAACAGAGUAGUAAGUAGGCAUCAGGCUUCAAGUAGCCAACUCCCUACUCUGUCUCAUAUACACAUUGAAGAAAUAUCAAGGGGUGCACAAAAGUUAAAUCAGAUCCUCCGGGCCUGCUCUAAUGGUCUCAACUUUGACAGAUACUCGAUAGAAAUUGGACAGGAGCUGUUGAAAGGAGCAAUGGAUUUGCAAGAGUCUCUAAAGUUGCUUAUCGGCAUGCAGGAAGCUUCGGAUUACUUGAUAACACCACAGAGAAAAAGUCGGUUAACAUUGCUAGAGGAGGAUGAAGAUGAUGAUGAGAAUACCAUCACAAUAGCUGACCAGAAGCAACUGAGUAGACCAAGAUUUUCUUUUGAUAGACCCUCAAGAAAGUAUAAUGACAUUCAAGAAGUUGCAAAGACAGAACUUAAGCUGAGGCUGGCAGCUCUUACCUACUUUACAGAUGUUCCUAAUUCCAAGCAUGAGAAGAAAGGUUUAGGUGCCUCAAAUUUACGUUCUCACAAGCGAUCAGUUAGCUGUGGUACUGAUGUUAAAACUCUUAGUGUAUUCUCAGAACAAAAUCACUCAAGUUCACCGCAGUCCAAACAAGAAAAGUCAAGAAUUCCAAAUGUAAUCGCAAGACUAAUGGGGAUUGAAGAACUUCCAGGAAAUGUAGAUUCAAAGGUCAGCACAAAAAAGGACUCUGGAAAUCAAAAAUUAGAAGGAACAACUACAAAGAAACCUGCAAAGGGGAGUACCAAGAAGGCUGAACAAAGGGAAAAAGAUUCCACAACCUCAGUUCUCCCACCAGCAAAACAGAAGGCAACACUACCCAGCAAGAUUCCACUGGUUCAGGAUACAGUUACAUCACAAGCAGGAAAGACGUUGGCAACUAGAAAUGGCAGCACAAGGGUUGAUGUUCAUGACAAGUUACCACCUCGAAAGGACUUGGAAGAUGUAAAACCAGUGAUAAGCCUGAGAAAAGGCAUGAUUAAGGUAGACAAACGACAAAGUGACUCUGCCCAACUAAAUCAUAAUUCUGGAAGUAGAAAAGAAAUUCAGGAGAGAAACCAUGAUAGCAUAAAGCACAGGGAGCAGAAGUACACUGAAAGAAGUGAAAUCAAGGGACCAGUUUUCAAGGAUGAGAUGCAACAGAUGAUACCAUAUAUGCAUAAAAGAUCAGAAUCUACACUUACAUUGCUAGAAAAGCCAGAGUACGGUGAAAGCAUGCUUCAUGGGGAAAAUAGUUCUGCUAACAAGCUUCGUCUAGGCAAUCAACAAAAGCUGCAAAAUAAUCAUGGAUUUCAACAGGUGCACAUGCUCCAGAAAUCUGAGCCUCAAGAGAAAAAGCGUCAACCAGAAGAAAGAGAACAAGAAAAACAGAAAUUGCAGGAGAAGAAACAAAAGAGACCUGAAUCAGUAUCUAGCAAUAUCUCCAAACUAAUGUCUGGUGCAACCGAUUUGCAAAAGAAGCAGCUGCAACUGAACCAAGCAGCAACUAGUAGGAAAGGCUCCACCGAACAUACUGAUGCAACACAACUCAAUGGAUUGGUGAAUGGUAGGCACCAAGAAAAUCCAGCCGGUGAGAGGAGUUCAAGACACUUAAAUUUCAAAAUUAAAGAUUCAUUAAGCAGAAACUCCAGUCAGCAUUCAACUCGAGGAGAUGUAGAAUCUGAAUCAGCAAAAGCUCGCAUCCCGUUUGCUGUGGAUGAGAAACCUGUUCAAGUUCAAACAACAAUAAAUGGGAGAAGAGCAAAAGGGCAUAAACUCGAGGCCCCUCGAAAUAUUGAUGAAGCAAAGACUAAAAAGAGUGCAAAUGUUUAUAACAUGCCGAGGACAAUGAAGAAUCAAAGUUUCAAUUUGCAAGAGAGGAAACAGACAAGGCAGGAGAAACCUGCUAUCUCAAGGGAAGCAGAUCAUGAAGCCAGCAGGUUCGAAGAAGCAGAAACACAGAUCAUUAGACCCAACGUGUCAGUAGCAAGCCCAAAAUCAUCACUCGUAGCACAAGAACUGCAGACAGAAGCACAAAAAGAUUCAAUUUUGCAGAGUCGUUUAGAAGAUGAAUGCCAAGGUCAAAAUGAAGAACAAGUUUUAGCUACAAAACAUAGCUGUCAGAAUACAGUGCCAACAUUUACAAAAGAGCAGAAAAAGCAAGAACCUGGUUUUGGCAGAGACGAUGAACAUGAGGUUAAAGAUAGUGUAUCUGAUCCACUUCAAGGAACUCGUGAAGAGAGCACAGAAAAUUUUUACAUCCCACAGCCACAGAAUCAAAGAACUUCUAUAGCAAAGAAGCCAGAGCCACUAACAGAAAGUGAAAAUCACCUCAAGCGGAUACUUCUGAAAAGCCAACUAUUUAUGAACACAGCAGAGGCGCUUUUCAAACUCAACAUUCCUAUCAGCAUUCUUCAUUCAAACAGCUACGACCAUCACAUCGACCAAGACAGCAAGCUCGUUUUAGACUGUGGCUACGAAGUAAUGAAAAGGAAAGGAAGAAGGCAGGAACUAAGUGUUCACCCAUUUCUAAAGGUACCCAUCACUUCAAACAAAGCAAAAUCCUUGGAUGAGUUGGUCAAACAAAUGUGCAAGGACUUUGAUAAGUUGAAGUUAUAUGGAAAGGACGGGAGAGAAGAUUCUCCCUUUGAAGACUACCAACCCAAAAUGCUCGAGGCUGAUGUCAACAACAAGGAACCCGAUCUGAAUUGUAUGUGGGACUUGGGUUGGAAUAACACCAUGUUUGGGUUUCUUGAGAAAGAUGAUGUUAUAAAAGAUGUGGAGAAGUAUGUGCUUAAUGGACUCCUAGAUGAGAUUACCAGAGAACUUUUCACAAGCAUAACUGUCAAAGUUUAAUUGUAAAACCAAAAAAAAAAAAAAAAUUAAGCAUAAUUGCCUGGUUUUGAUGUUUCUGUUUGUAUCACUAAGAAAAAAUUUUCGAUAGCUAUUUCUUUCCCUGUAAAGUACCUAAAACUGUGAUUCUUAUUUGCAUAUUUCCAGUUUCCAAUUGUUUUGCAUAUAAAUAA